GGGAAAGUGCUAAGGGAAUUUGGUAGCCAAGAAUAGCUUAUCUAUUAUUUGACUCGAACUUGCCUUUUAUAGGCGAUUACAAAUGGUAACUGCCGAAAAUACUAAUGGCUAACUAAUUACAACAUUAAUACGGAAUUAAAUACAUAAUUAAGUCACACAUUAAUUACUUUGGCCAUUAUAGUUCCUGGAUGGCAGGUCAGCCUGGUUGGCAGGCUGGACGCUUGAGCUCCCUCCUGCUGGACUGGACGGUGGAAUUCCCGCUAGGCUGGAAGGCAGGCUCCCCGUUGGGCUGGAGGCAGGCUGCUGGCCGGGCUGGAAGGCAGGCUCCCCGUUGGCCGGGCUGGAGGGCAGGCUCCCAGCUGGGCUGGUCGGCAGGCUCCCCACCGGGCUGGGAGGCAGGCUUUCUUGGGCUUCCGGUUGGGCCGGUAGGAAGGGUCUCCGCUGGGCUGGAAGGUAGUCUCCCCGUUGGCCGGGCUGGAGGGCAGGCUCCCCGCUGGGCUGGUCGACAGGCUCUCUUGGGUUUCCGCUCCUUGACUGACCUGAUCGGUUGGGCUGACUCAAGCUCUAGGUUGCUGGGCUUGGGCCUGCUGGUCCAAGUUCGGGGCCUGGGCCGAUUAGGCUCUGAGCCUAGUCCCAUAACCCCAUCACGAGCCCCCCACUCCCUUAGUCGAGUAGUAGACUCGGCUAAGAGGGAGUAGUUAAAGUCAGCUGCUAAUUAAAAAAAAUUCACAUAUCAGGGAGCCAUAAUUAUGGAUUCUGUCAAUCCCAUAAUUUAUGGAGAUUUCCAAAUUUUGAAUAAGGCGCCCAGCUUUAAAAAGGCUCCGAAUUAAUUCCCUCAGCGUUCUAGCAUUCCAGCAGCAAACUUUCUCCUAGACUUCAGGAUCCAGGUCAGCUUCAAAAAAUCCCUGAAAUUCAUUAUUAUUAUUUCAAAAAUUAUUUUCGGACUUUAUAUUAUUAUCCCUUCCUUUUAUUUCCUUCUUUUUUUUUCUUUCUAUUUCCUUUUUUCUUUCUUUCCUUUUCUCUUUCCCGGUUUCCUGCGUGCGUCCUCCAUGCGUCGCCCCAGCGCCGCAGCUUCCCGCCGAACUGACUGACCGCCACUUCCCUUCCGAUGGCUCUACUGGGUCGCCCCCGCCGUGCUAGGCGGCUGGCCCAUGCUCUCCACCGCUGGCCGGCGCCGCCCUGGCAAUCCGGCAAAUAUGGCCGGCUAGUUUGGACUCCUGCCACGUCCGGCUGGUGCACCUCGCAUGGGUCGGAGGCCACCCCUGCUGGUCAGCGUCUCCCAAAGGUUGGUGUCCCAGCGGCUGGGCGCCCCACUUGUCCGGCGUUCAGGUUGUCCGGAGAGCCGCCACCUCGUUCUUCUGCCGCCAGGCGUUGCCGCCCGCCUAGGAAUCUGCUGGCCAAGCGUCCAGGUGGAGCUUAGGGUCCAGGUUGAGUGGCAUCGUCUCUCUUUUGGCCGACAAAGCUGCUGGGGCAUACGGGUAACCGCCAUGCGUUCUUCCUCCUUGGGUUAGCGGAAAUCUAUGCAUACGUAGGAUAGGCAGCGAUGAUGACCGGAUCCACCUUACUGUCGGCUGCCGGCGGUGUCGGUCCCCACUAGUUGGGCGAUGGGCCAGGCUGGAUUUUAUUUCCCCCAGGGUUCCACGUUGCCCGGCGUUUGAUGCUUGGUUGUUUUCCUUCUAUGUUUUGUCUUUGCAGGUUUGACUUUCUCCCGAAGAUGGCUCCAGCUAGGCGGACCACUACUGCUGAGGGUCGGCAACUGAGCGUUCCACAUAGAGCGCGGGCACAACAUGUGGUCAUGUCAGAUUCCGACGAUGACUCUGGUGCUCGGGAGGACCCGAAUCUUUGGUGGGACCUUGAUAAUAGCGGGAUAGCGAACCUCCCCCCUCGUAUCCAAGACGAGGACCUUGCCGUUGCAUACAGUUUGAUUGGCCAUGAUUGUUUGUUGGAAUCUCUGGGGGCUACUGACAUAUUGAGCAAUCCACCAACUCCCUACGUCGGGGUCCAUAUCCGCUCUAUGGAGUUAGGGAUGGCCGUGCCACUGCACCCCUUCCUGGUUCGGUUCCUUCACUUUCUGGGUGUGGCCUCAGAGGUCAAUUGGCUCCGACGACUCACAUGUUCGUUGCAGCUUUUGUGGCGCGGUGUGAGGAUGUGGGCCUCACACCCACGAUUGAUCUGUUUUUCAGCUGCUUCCAGUGGCGUGCUUCUAACUUUUCGCCUUACUCUCUCAGAGGCCGAUGAGCAAACUGUUUUGGUCGGGUUACCCCCGUUCAGGGAAGGGGUGGAAGAAGAGAUGGAUAUGGGUAUCCGACCCCAACCUCCCGUCACCUCUACCUCAGUGAGGUGAACGGGUUUGGAAAUGUGACCGGGUCGCUCUCUCCCCUGGUCUCAAGUCCUCUAUCGAGAUAUUGUCCGCAGGCGGUCCCCACUCCAUCAGCUCAUAUUUAGGUGAUUGUCACCUCCCUGGUCUAUGUUUGCUACUUUGUAUUUUAUUCUGCUUAUCCUCACAUUUUUCUUCCGCAGCUGUGCCUGAGAAGCUCGUUGUUGAGGCGGAAUCCGAUGAAGAGGAGGAGCCUCAACAAGUCAUCGUUCCUGUGGCAGCAACGACUGCAAAGGGGAAAGGGCACGGAGCCCCCCCUCCAAGAAGGGUGAAAGUUACCUUCGGGCCUCGGCCAACUACGCUAGUGCAGGAGAAGCACAAGGGCGGACUCGUCGACCUGCUAGUCAAAUUGGAUGGGUCCGAUGAGGAGGAGGAGCCCUGCCCAGCCGUCGCUGAUGUGGCCCCCAAGACGGUUGCGGGGAAAGAGCGCGGAGCCUCCUCCCCGGGCCGCGGGGAACGAGUCUCGAAGAAGGCCAAGGUCGCCCCCAAGUUUCAUUCCGCUGAGCAGGUACAUGAGGGUGCAGAUGAGAGGAUGGCCGAACGGAUCAGCCAUGACACCCAUCAUACAAUUACUUACGCCUUCCCAUCUUCGAGUGCCUCGAUUAUGCAUGAAGGCUUCCCGGUCGUGGAUUAUGCUUCAUCAAUCCUCCCACCAGGCGACCUCACCUGUACGAAUUUCCAAGAGUUUCAUCCCCUCUUGGAGGGUUAUAUCCGGUCACAUAUUGAGGUAGGUUGAUCACGUCUUGACGUGGAUUGUGUUUAUCCCUGAACCCCCUCACAUUUUCGUUUGUCUAUAUUGCAAGGGCUCGCCAAGACCAUCAGGGCACUCCACACGGCCAAUCAUUCUCAGGCCAGGCUUCAGCGUGAGGCUGACGAAGCUAGGGCUGCCCUCUGGGCAUGCCAGAAAGCCUUCUCCGAGCUGCAGUCCUUGCGUGCACAAGAAUGUGAAGAAGCGGCCAAACAAGGAGCCAAGAAAGCGCUCUCUGAGUUCCAGGCCUCCGAGCAGUUCAAGAAGAUCAUCUCUGCGAGGGUGCAAGCGGAACAGUCUGAACUAGUGCAGAGGUGGCUGACGACCCCCGACGGAGAGUAUUGGCGCGCUCGCGAAGUCCUCUAUGCUUUUCAGAGUGGGAAGUGUUUGAUGCAGCAGAAGGUGUAUGGCCGGUUGAAGGAUCUCGACCCUGACUUUCAUCUAUCCACACUGGGCCUUCCUGGUCGCAUGAAGAAACCCGUGGAGGCGAUAGCCCUUCUUCCCCCAGAGGCCGUCUGUCAGGAGGAGGAGCUUGGUAGUUCGAACGAAUGGGCCUGGUUCUUUCCGCCAGCUCCGGGGAACAUGACUCCUGUGGCCCCCGGCCAGGAUUUGGUUGGUGUGUUAGAUGAUGUUUCCGAGGUUGAUGGCGAUGGGUCUGUCCAGCCAUGACCUUGUAUUUUGUAUUUCCUUUGUUUCCCACUUGAAUACUUUGUGUUUCGAAUGGAUGUUUGAUUUUUAUUUCAUACGCCUCCUUUUCUAUACUUUGCAUUACGAAUACUUAGCAAUUUAUUCGGGGAUCUAGCUUCUCUAACCUCCCGGGGGGCAGUUACGCUGGCAUGGCCGAGCCUAUCCGUGCCCCUCCUAGUUGGGUAGAAGUGAUCUGUUCGCUAUUGAUAUGGAAUCAACAAGUAAGCGACUUGUUUGGCCAGCAAGGUCGGACAUUGAACCGACGAGGAAGGCCCUUAGGUCGGUAUCCUGAACGUUCAUGACCCGGGGGUCAGUCCUACUGUCACUUUAACCCGUCCAGUUUGCCCAGACUUGAGGAUUAAUCUGGUUACUCCCUCGUGGAUAGCCAAACAGCAGGGGCGGACCCUGAAUGAUCCACCAGAACGAACCCGCACCGCCAACUCAGGGAUGAUGAGAGUGCGAGCUGCUUGGCCAACGAUGUUAGGCGGCGAGCACUCGAAAGGACCCGGAGGUCAAC